CUCGAGCAGCUGGAGGAUGCACCGACCUUCCCGUCCCAGGAGGUCAAGUCCGGCAAAGGAAAAGUUCAAGGCAAAGGAGCUGCUCCGUCUCGCUUCACCGACCCCAAUCCGCAGAAACGUCGUGCCCUCCCUGGCGAGGCUCCUCAUGACGACGCUGAUGCUGAGCUGCCUCCCGCCCUUGACGACGAGAUGCCCGAGGGCUACGAAGACUUCAUUCGCCAGUUGUGCCGUGCCGAGUUUGACUCCAUCAAAGAGGAUUUUGGCGACUCCAUUGCCAAGACCGCCGCCGAGAGCAACAAGCCCCUGCUCGCUGCUGUGGAGAACCUCCGAGCCCUGGUUCAAGCCCACACCGAGACCCUCGAGGCCGAUGUGCGCAAGGUCGCCACACCGCAGCUGGACUCCCUGUCGCGCAGGCUGCAGGCCCAGAUCGACCAGCAGAAGGGCGUCAUCGACGCCCACACUUCCAGCAUCGCCAAACACGACCAGGACCUCGUGGACAUCCGUCGGGAGAUGGCCGAGCUCAGGAAAGAACUCGCUCUCGCUGAGGCUCGUCCUCGCCCCCAGUCUCAAGUACCCGCUGGCUUCAACCGCGACAUUGACACGACCAUGGUGGUGGCUAUCUCCCAGCGCCCCUCGUCAUUGGAAAGUGUUCGUGAGGUGCUGGCUCCCUGGCUGUCCUCCAUCGGUUUUGAGAGUGCCAACAACGACUACCAGAUCGCUGCCAAAGGCACGGUCCCAUGCAAGCGAUUCGAGAUCAAGUUCAAGGGCCCCGUCGGGGUCGCUUCCCGCAAG